GGUUAUCUGAUUUCGUAUUUUCGUAUCGUUUAUAAAGAAAUUGAUAAAAAUAUUUUUGUUUGAGACUGUUUGAUAAUAGUUUAAAUUGAAUAUUGUUUGAUUUUGGGUUUAUGGGACUCGAGCUUUUUGUGCUUUGUUUACAGUCCUGUAGUUAUUGAUCUGCAAUCUGAACUGACUGAAUAUGACUAAUCUUCCUCCUAGAAAAUUUUCUACGUCUAGUAAAACUUCUAAGCAAGAUGCAUCUCCGUUACAAAUACUUUUACAAAUGGGUUUUCCAAAAAACCGAGCUUUAAAAGCACUAGCUGCAACUGGUAACCGCAGUGUACAACUAGCUUCAGAUUGGCUACUCACACAUGUGAAUGACACCUUCAUAGAUACAGAACAACCAAGGGAAUACAUAUUUUACGCUACCCCCACUGGCCCUUUGCUAAGUCAGUUACAUGCAUUCUGGGAGAAGUCUAAGGCCAUUGGUAGUUGGAAUGGGGCCCAUAAUUUUCCACCCCACAUAACACUUGUCUCGUUUUUUAAGGCUGCAGAUGAAGCAUCACUUCAGCUUGCAAAAGCAGUGAAGCAAGUGGUAGAAAUGGUGGGGGAUCCACCAGCAUGUCAGCUUAAACUUGAACCAUAUAUAUCACAUAAUUUUAUGGGCCUCUUUAUAUCUGAAGAACAUGCUGAUUACUUAAAGAAAAUGGCUAUGCAAUUUGUGAAAGAAGUAUCUUCAAUAUUGGGUGUAAAAGUGGAUACUUAUGAACAUUUGGAUGCGUUGGGUGCUUGCUUUCCGUGGUGCACAAUGCCUCAGGAGAAGGAUAUAUCAACUAAUCUGGAAGCCCAUGUAAAGUCUCUACACAUAACAUUAGCAUACCAUUUUGAGGAAUCAGAGUAUGAUGCAUUAAAGGCCCUUGUUGAGGAGCUGAAACCUGAUCCUCUUACAAGUUGGGAACUAAGACUAUAUUCCAGAGAUCCCCGUUUUGCUAAUCAUCAGGUACAUAAAGUAACACAAAGUUAUGUACCGGAAGCCAAUGACGAAUUGGAGCUGGUACUCGGCGAUUAUAUUUACAUUGAAGAAAAACAAUUUGACAGUUCUCCCGACGGCUGGGUGCACGGCACUUCUUGGCUGACAGGUGUGAGUGGUUACUUGCCGGCUGUGUACACGCAACGCACGGCGGAGUCGGACGCAUGGACGCUACACAGAGCCAUAUCGCUGGGAACUAAUUUAGGAACUGAUUCAAAGUCUGAGUCGGACUCGACGGAUAUUGAGAUGGCGGCCUACCCCCAUGAAGAUUCGCCCGAACUGGGUCACGAAAAGUCGGAGGAGACAUACAAAGAUUGGGAAACAUACUGGAAAACAGUCAAACUUGAUAAAACCGAGGGCAUAUUAAACGUUACACAAGGUGUUGAUUGGAAAUCCGACACUGCAUGCAAUAAUGGUGACUCAAAAACGCAUGGAGAUUGCAAGGACGUAAAAUCAACGAAUGGCACAAACAAGGACCGUCGUUGGGUAUUUGCGAUGCGGCACGGCGAAAGAGUUGAUCUCACUUAUGGUGUUUGGGUGCCUUUUUGUUUCGACAACAAUGGGAAAUAUGUCAGAAAAGACUUAAAUAUGCCGGAAAAGUUGGGUGAACGCGUGGGCGGCAAGGAGUCGUACGCGCUGGACACGCCGCUGACGCGCGUGGGCCGGCUGCAGGGGCAGCUGGUGGGCGAGGGGCUGCGCGCGGCCGGCGUGCCCGUGCGCCACGUGUACGCGUCCGCCGCGCUGCGCUCCGUCGAGACCGCGCACGCGCUGCUGCUUGGUCUGCAAGCAGAUCCAUCAGUGAAAAUAAGAGUGGAAACUGGCUUAUUUGAAUACAAGAUGUGGCAUCUCGCUAAAGGAAUGGCUCCGUUUAUGACUCCUCCGGAAAUGCAUAAGGCUGGACUAAAUGUAGAUUUGAACUACAAACCCUAUGUCGACUUGGAAUUGAACACACCAGAAACAUUAGACGACUUCUUCAAAAGAAAUCAAUAUGUGAUGCAUUCAGCUGUGAAAGAUACAGAAGCAGAAGGUGGCAACAUUAUAUUCAUUGGGCACGCGGCAACACUAGAUGUCAUGGUGUUGUCCAUGAAGCGGCUGGCGGAGGGUAAAUCAUACAAGGAUGACGUCACCUACCAAACAAGCCCUAAUUUACUGCGGAUUCCAUACUGUGCCCUCGCCGCCAUGAAGUCCAACCCGUGGGAGAUUGUCUCACCCCCCUGUCCACCGUCGAUAAACUCUAGUUCUGGAAGGUACAAUUGGAAAAUGCUUUUGGACCUUUAAAAUGGAUGUUUGUAUCGUUAUUACCAGGAUUAUGUUGUCAAUUUACGGAAAUGUAUUGUUACUAAAAUUAUUUGGAUACAUUCAUAUAAGUUGUGUUUAAAGAUUUGUUAUUUUCCUCGCGACAACACACCUAAAUUAGUGUGGCAAUGUUUUACUUCUAAUUUCGAUGUUAAAACAAAAGUUAACUGUAGACUAUAAGGCUAUCGUCUUUAUAAAGACUGCAUAUUUUGCUAUAUUAUUGUAAUUGCACCAAUAUAAGUUCAAAUUGUUAGGUUUAAUUUAGUUUAAGCUUAGUUUAUUAUAAACUUUGUAUAACGUUCACUUUGGUAUAAGACGAAGUAAUCAUGUUCCAAUAUACAUAAAGUUUUAAGGUUAUUGUAUCAGCCAUUCUGAUUUAUUAUAAUAUCUAGUCAUAUAUCAAAUCACUUCAUAUAGAAUUCACUAACA